AUGCCUGAGACUGUCAGCCGAGCCUGGCAACACCGCUUUGACGGGAAGCCAAUCUCGACAACCCCCGCCAUCGCCGAACUCGAUAUCGAACGAAAUGAGUUGGCCCACACUUGGAAACGGUUUACCAGCCUUCUCCUACCUCAGGAUCAGGUUCAAUGGGAGGAACGGCCACAAACGGUACUUGAUGUACAGGCCUUGCUUGGCAAUAUCAAAGCAUUCUGGAUGGCACGUCCACGACAACGGGUCUUUAGCGACUCCAUGGACUUGUGUGAUCGACUUCUUCCGACUAUGGACACUCACGCGACCCUUCUUUCUACCCUUCCGGACCCUAACGCCUACGCCCCUUUAUUCUACGGAGUCUUGCAAUCAGUGAUCAAGGCAUCAUCCCAUUACCCACGGGUAAUGGAGGGCUUAGCUACUGCCCUGAUAAAUAUUCACGAUGCUCUAGGUCUUCCUAGCGAUCCUAGCAUAAUCGCAAACGCCGUCCAACAUAUUACGAAAACUUACGCUCUAAUAUUCUUCUUUUUGACCGAAUUCAUGGACUGCCAGGAUGUGUACUCGGAAUUUCAUCAUCUGGUUCUCUAUAUACAACUGCAAGCACAGAACCUUCCAUGGCAGCAUGUGGCAAUGGACGUCGACGAGGAGGAUCAAGACCCGUAUAGUCCCCGGGCACUUUGGGAAGAGUCCCGGCUCAGCCAAGUAGGACGCCGAGGAAAAGACCGUCGGAUAGCGGCACAAAAUACCAUCACACGCCGGCUCAUUUGGGAGAUUCAGCAAGACGCGGAGGAGCGUAUUCGAUAUAGGGAGGGUCGGGAUCGGUUGUUGGCAGAGACACUAAGUUCUGUGCGUGGGCAACUGGAGCCGGUCAGUGAACAAAGCAAUGGCAUUGUUUGCAUGACCACACCUCCGGCUCCAAAUAUAGACACGUCCUCUUUCGAAUGGUCGAGGGGAUCCAAGCGCCGUCUCGCACGACUCGAGAUCCAAAGCUCAUCCAAACACCUCCAGGACUUCUUCGAUAGUGAUGAUCAGAUUUGCGACUACGAACCCGAUGUCAAAGUCGUCGCCGAGGGUAAUAUCGUUGCAUCUCUCCAGCAAUGGGCCACUAGUUCACGAUCUCAGGCUCUAGCUGUGGGCGGGACUCAACCUACCGGAUCUCUUCACCCGGUGGCUCUAAUUUCAGCAUGCUAUGCCUCCUUUGCUCGUCAGGCUCGAUUGCCCGUCGUCUCUCAUUUCUGUGCCCUUCCUGCCCAGGAGGCCAAGGGGUUGAAUCUACAGGAGCAAGGCUUAAUCGCCCUCACCUACAGUAUAAUCCGGCAAUUAAUUGACUGGCUUCCUCCUGUAGUCGAUAGCGAUGCUGUACUAGAUCUCAGCGCUGAGCGGUUCCGCCAACUAGACGGAACUCUCACCAGCUGGAAAGCCGCUCUAUCGCUAGUCGACACCCUCUUACAAUCCGCCCCACCACUUCUAGUCUUUAUAAUUGACGGUCUAGACGCCAUCCACAAUUCGUCUACAGACGGCCCAAUCCGCGACCUCGUCCGCGUGCUGCUCACACACACCCGGCGCCAACCACAAGGCGGUCUCAACGGUCAAGGCCCUACUCUCCUCAUGAAGGUCCUCUUCACCGUCACCGGACGACCGAGUGCCCUGCUCGAGACGAUGUCGGAACACACACUCAUUCUCACCGAAUCAAAAACAAACCAACCGCCAUCCGAAACGGUCCUCACGUCGGACCUUGGGGCGGUCAUGAUGAAUGCAUGA